ACAGUUAUCACCUGCGAUCUGACGGAGGGUAUGCAGAGUAAUUUUAUUACAAGCAUCGAACUAGAUACCCCAGACAAUUUUGCUGAUGAAAAUCCGCCACCAGUAGAAAAUUUGAGAAACGAAAGUGAAAGCUUCACUGCAAAACUCAAGAAUAAAGGAGGAAACUUUACUAUUACUAUACCGUUUGAUGUAGUUGAACCUGUACUUAUUGCCGAGUUAACAAUUGAGGAACCAGAAAAUGUUGAGUCUGUAAAGAUCACCAUACCUCAGGAGGAUGGCGAUGACGAAAUAUAUGUGG